GUUGUAAGUCUAAGCCGUGCAAAUCCAAGAUCUCCAUGAAGGACUAUGAUGUUGCUUCUAACAUUGCGACUAAGUCGUCGUCGACCUCUAAGUUCUUGGGUGAGGACGAUGAUAGAAGCGGUUCUACCUUCGUCCGUGAAAUUUUGUCUGCUCUAGAAGGCCAUGAUGCUGUUACUAAGUAUCUAUGGGCCAAGCAGAAUAUGGAGAAGUCUAUCUGGGCCAAACUUAUCAAGGGUACUGAACCGCCUACUAGAUGCUAUGUCGACUAUGAGAAACACCUCGAUCGGCUAUGCUCUACUAUUCGCAAGCUCUAUGACAAUGAUGAUGCUAUUGCGAAAGCUGAAGUCAAGUUCGUUACUUGUCGUCAAGGUAACUCUGAGUGUCUCGCUAGGUAUGUCAAGAGGCUCGAGUCUAUUGUCACCGAACUUCACUUCAUGGGUAUUCGUACGUAUGAGUACAUCCUCAAACGUCGUCUCUACGAUGGUCUUAACUCCGACUACCUACGAGAAAAGGUCGACAAGGAACUGAGUGACCCUAAUGUUUCCUAUGAGAA